AUGGAGAGAUGUGAGAAUGUCUUCCAGAAUAGUACCUCUACUCCAGAGAAAAUCUCUAGGAGAAUUAAUUUGUUCAUUGAAGAACAAGUUAAGCAAAAAGUUACGAUUCAGGUUAAUUUACCCAAAGUCAAUAGGAUAAACAGACACUGGAACCCCCCUCCAGUUAAUAUGAUGACUAUGAAUUGUGAUGGCUCGUUCUGUGAUAUAUCUAAAAUGGGUGGCAUUGGACUGAUCAUUCGUAAUCGUGCAGGUCACAGCCAGGCAACAAGGAUCUUCCAUAUGAGGAAUAUUUGCAAUGCAAAACAGGCAGAAGGGUUAAGACUCUGGGAAGACGUGAAGUGGGCUACUGAACUAAAGCUGGAUAAUGUGCUCUUCGAACUGGACUGCAAAGUUAUAGUUGAUGUUGUUAACAAAGAAGUUUCCUACAUUGAUUGGAGGCUUUCGAACCUGAUUAAGGAUAUUAAGUUAUAUUUUAGUAGUAAUAGUUCUUGGAAUUGUUCUUAUGUCCCAAAAGAAUGUAAUAGAGCAGCUGAUGCUUUGUCUAGAUUAGCCAGAACUGAUAAUCUAAGUGAGGUUUGGUUUAAAAAUGCUCCUCCUGUGAUUACUUCUAUAUUGCAGGAAGACGCUAGAUAUGUAAGACUCCCUUAA